UGGAAGUCGCUGGGGAGGCGUGGUUUACCGCGUCUUCCGCUCUCCCGGAAAGCGCCGUAUUACGUUGGUGCCGCACAGUACCUGCGGCGCUAGGGGUGGAGGAUGGUGCUUAUCAAGGAAUUCCGCGUUGUUUUGCCAUGUUCAGUAGAAGAGUAUCAAGUUGGCCAACUAUAUUCUGUGGCUGAAGCCAGCAAGAAUGAAACUGGUGGCGGUGAAGGAAUUGAAGUCUUAAAGAAUGAGCCGUAUGAACAAGAUGGGGAAAAAGGCCAAUAUACACAUAAAAUAUAUCACUUGAAAAGUAAAGUCCCCGGCUUUGUAAAGAUGUUUGCUCCAGAGGGAUCGUUGGUGUUUCAUGAAAAGGCUUGGAAUGCCUAUCCAUACUGCCGAACAAUUGUAACGAAUGAGUAUAUGAAAGAAGACUUCUUCAUUAAAAUAGAGACAUGGCACAAACCAGAUUUGGGAACCCAAGAAAAUGUACACAGCCUAGAUCCCAACAUAUGGAAAACAGUUGAAGUGGUCCAUAUUGAUAUUGCAGAUAGAAGUCAAGUAGAACCAGGAGACUACAAGGCUGAAGAAGAUCCAGCAAUAUUUCAGUCUGUUAAAACAAAACGAGGACCUUUGGGACCUAAUUGGAAGAAAGAGUUGGCAAAUGCUGAAGACUGUCCGCGCAUGUGCGCUUACAAACUAGUAACAAUUAAGUUUAGAUGGUGGGGACUUCAAAACAAAGUAGAAAAUUUUAUUCAGAAGCAAGAAAAACGAAUAUUCACAAAUUUCCACCGCCAAUUGUUCUGUUGGAUCGACAAAUGGAUUGAUCUGACGAUGGAAGACAUUAGAAGAAUGGAGGACGAAACGCAGAAAGAAUUAGAAGCUCUUCGCAACCAAGGUCAAGUGAGAGGAACAAGCGCUGCCAAUGAUGAAUGAAGACUGAUCCGACCAAAUCGCAUGCAGAAUUGUUGUCAUUUAUACCCGUGUUUAUAUACCUGUAUGUGCGUAUAGCUAUAUAAACACUUGCUGAGCAUUAAUUGCUGAAGUGUACUGUACCUGAUACGAGCAAAAAAUGUAAAAAGAACGUUUACUGUACAUACAAAUAGUUUACAAAAAUAUUGAAUGUCUCUAGAACGCUAAGUUCCUGCCUUCCUUACCAACGUACCAUGUUUCGCCGAACUCCGCUUCCCUUGUACCAUGCGCUCUCCUUUUUUUAACCGUUUCUUUUAACGCCAUCACGUACCGUUAGAAUUUUACUUUUUAGCUGUUGGCAAUACGAGCUGCUUUGACUAUCAUUCAGAGAUUUAUUUUUCAUAUUUAAAAGUCUUUCUGAUGCUGAAACGUGUCACGCAAAUAAAUGCCCCGUGUCGCAAUGUAA